CUGCUCCUAUAUUUUUGCCAGAGUCUAUUUUCUUUGGAUGUAAUUGGACUGUGAACUAGUCAAAAUUUUAACGUAAAGCUUUUAUUCUGAAUGUCUUUUACGGAAACCAGUUCAUUCGUUUUAAAACUUUGCAGCAGAAGCAUGAGGCGUAUCCCCCAUGGCGAUAAGCGUCUUCCUUUUCUCUCAAUUCUGUCUUAAAUCCUGCAUCUUUUCUGCGCAUCAUGGCGGCUGCUGGUCGCCUCCUUCCCGCCGUCACACUGGUGUGGGCUUUUGCUUUUCCCUCCAUGGUGUCGUCACGCAGAGAUGUGCUCAAGCUCGGGGACGCAGACUUUGAUUACCUAGCAAUCGAGCACGACACGAUGCUUGUCAAAUUCUACGCUCCAUGGUGUGGCCACUGUAAGAAAUUAGCUCCAGAAUUUGAGAAAGCAGCGACCAAGCUAAAGGGAACUGUCCAGUUAGCAAAGGUGGACUGUACAGCUCAUGUUGGCACAUGCACUCGUUUUGGGGUGACUGGGUAUCCAACACUGAAGAUCUUCAGGAAUGGAAGAGACUGGGCCUCCUAUGACGGUCCUCGUUCUGCAGAGGGGAUCUAUCAGUACAUGAAUAAGCAGACAGGUCCAGACUCGGUCAGCCUGUUGACUGAAGAAGACCUGCAGAUCUUCAUUGAUCACUGCGAUGCUUCAAUCAUAGGUGUGUUCUCGGGUGAGGAAGGUUCUCGUCUGUCUGAGUACCUAAAAGCUGCAGGACUUCUGAGGGAUCAGUUCCGAUUUGCUCACACCACCCAAAAGAACCUCUCUUCACCAUAUGGACUCCACUCAGAAGGUGUGUUGUUGUUCAGACCUCCCAGAAUGUCCAAUCAGUUUGAGGACAGCGUUGUCAUUUUUAAAGAUUUUCUGACGAUCUCAUCUCUGAGACGCUUCAUCAGAGAUCACAUAUUUGGACUUUGUCCACACAUGACCUUGGAGAACAAAGAUCGUCUGCGAGUUCGUGACCUUCUAACGGUGUUUUACCGCCUUGACUACAAACACAACCCCAAAGGUUCCAACUACUGGAGGAACCGAGUGAUGAAGGUGGCCACCAAGUAUGUGGGGAGGGGCCUGACCUUCUCAGUAGCCAAUAAGAAAGACUUCCAGUCUGAGCUGGAGGACGACUUUGGUCUGGGAACUUCAGACAGCGGAGAUCUGCCACUUGUCACCAUCCGGACCAAACUGGGUCACAAGUAUACCAUGAGGGAGGAGUUCACGAGGGAUGGUCAGUCUCUGGACAGGUUUCUCAACGAUUACUUCAUGGACCGACUGAAGCGUUACAUCAAGUCCGAGUCAGUCCCGGAAAAGCACAGUGGUGCUGUUCAGGUGGUGGUAGCCGAGUUGUUUGAUCCCAUCGUUAACGACCCUACCAAAGACGUCCUCAUCCAGUUCUACUCUCCAUCCUGUCCUCACUGCAAGAAACUCCAGCCCGUUUACACCCAACUGGCCAAGAUGUUGUCUGCAGAUCCUACCAUCGUCAUCGCCAAGAUGAAUGCCGUUGAUAACGAUGUGCCGCCCGGAUACGACGUGCAGGGCUACCCCACCUUCUACUUGGUCCCCUCUGGCAGGAAGGACCAGCCCAUUCGAUAUGAGGGGGGACGAGAACUUCGAGACUUCCUGCGCUUCCUGCGGCGGGAGGCCAAUCACAGCCCAUACAAGCAGGAACUCUGAUCAUGUGGUCACAUUGCUUUGAAAGACCUGACUCUUAUCCAUCCAUCUAUCCAUUUAUUUAUUUGUUUGUUUGUUUGUUUGUUUGCUUAUUUAUUUGUUACGUAUUGUUAAGGAAGUCCUACUUUGAAAUAAAAUAAUUUUUGGGUGCUGAAA